GCCGCAUAGAACUCUGGGUAAUAGAGGGGUUUUCAAACAACACAGACACAGACGUUUCUGAAUCGAUCGAGUAACGAACUGAUUGAUCCACUUAGGUUUUAGAGCAAUACCACUAUGCAAGAGUUCAGACUAUCGUACGCAGACCAAGAAAAGAAAUGCGAGAGUAUAUUGAACAACUCGACCGAAGCGCAGACAUAACGGACGAAGACAACAGAACCGCACCAAACACAGCCUGUCAUUCGUUCUGAGCCAUCGUCACAUUUGCCUGUAAGGGGAGACGGGACCCAGCUUAUGCAGUUCGUUGAUGGUGCCAGUGUGAUUUCUUGACUUGGACGCUCGUUUUUCUGCACCGUACAUCUGUCUUGAUGUCUUUGAACGUGUAGGACUCAAUUAAAGAGACUUGCGAUGCCUCGACUCUCAAAACAACAGAGAGAGGAAGUGAAGGAAAUGCUAGACAAAGGUUACUCCCAGUACGAAGUUUCUAAAAAAAUGAAAACAGCUCGGAGUACAAUUCACCGAUUAGUCAGUAAGUUAAAAACGACAGGAUCAACUGAUGACCGCCCACGUACAGGGCGACCUCGGAUCAUCCCAAUCCGAGAUCAGUCAUGGCUCGAAUGUGCUGGUGAGGAGAGACCCUUUGUUUGCACAGAGUGUGGUAAGACUUUCAAACACUUCCACAAUCUCAAGAACCAUUUAAAGACUCAUGGUGAUGAACGGGAAUACCAGUGUGAUCAGUGUGGCCGUGGUUUUAUUAGUUCUGCUAAUUUCAAGCGACACAUGCGUACUCAUACUGGAGAAAAACCUUAUAUUUGUGAAUACUGUGCUCGAGGUUUUGCUGACUUGUGCACAAUGAAUGCACACAUUCGUACUCACACGGGAGAACGUCCUCACAAAUGUCACCUUUGUGGGAAGGCUUGUACAACAGCUGGCAAUCUCCACGCUCAUAUGAAGGUGCACAGAGAUAAGAAAGGAGGGGAGGUACCACGUCCCUUGUUCGUGAAACCCCCUAGAUACAAAUCUGUCCCUGUCUUUAAACAUAUGGAACUGUUGAAAGCUAGAAACCAACAAGCAUUGAAAGAAGAGUCGGAUAUUGCUGAGGAUAGUGAAGCAUUUGAUGAAGAUAUGAUUGUCAAAGAGGAGAAUGAAUCUAAUGAGGACGGCCUUGAGGACCACCAAGAUGAGGACUGCCCUGAGGACCACCAAGAUCAGGACAAUCCGCAUAUGCUCAGUGUGGACAUGACUUCCAGUUCUGUAACUGAAUUUCAAGAGGAUCUGCCAGCAAAAGUGAAACAAGUCUUGGUGGUUUUGAAGAUAGUCUGUCCUCUGUUAAACGUACAGACAUGGACUUUCAGAAGAGGUUCUGUCAAGCAAUUGCGGCAUCUUUAACAGGGGAACAACUUAUUCCAGUCAAUCAUAUCAAGAAAGAACCUGACUUUGAUGAAGAGCUGAACUGAUCUGCUGUUCCAUGAGUGCUAAAUAUUUCUGUCUGUGUGUGUGAGUCUGAGUGACUGCAAUAACCUCCACAGUCUUGUAGUUCCAUGCUUGUGGGUUUCUUAGAGGAAUAUAACCUGCAUUGCUGUGGAUGUCACCAAGGAUUAAGCCCCAAUAUCUUGGUAUGACUGAGACCACCUCUGUGGUUUAGUGGAUGAGAGCCCCUCCCAGAGAGAGGAAGGUCGGUGGUUGAUACUCUAGUGCACCAUACCUCACAACAUUAAAGGUGAUACAUGUUGUUGUCCUGCCUGGUGCUUGGCAUUAUGGGUAUAAAACAUGGGGUGGUCAGUUCUGAGCCAGUGUACUGUGAGUGGUGUCCAUGUUAAACAGUGGUGUGGUAUCUCAGUGGACUGGCAUUAGAAUCAGUCAUUAGCCCUGACUAGCACAAGCAGCCAUGCACGCACUUCACACAUUGCUGUAGAAGUGAAAUAAUUUUGAACAUGGCAUUAAACCCCAUCCUUGCCUGACAUGACUGAAAUACUAUUUAAAGCCAUUCCAAACAAUGCUGGCUCAAUGUAACUAAAAGCCUGAACUUCCAGGCCAUGUGUGAAUUCAAAGGUACUCACCAGGGUUUCACUGCAACUGGUCCUCAAGUCAAAACUAGUCACAAGAUAUACGGACUGGCGUUUACUUCUAAAUAGCAUUACACAAACACCUAGUCAAUAGACAUUGUGAACCAGUAUUUGCAAUUUAAGCACGAAAGUGUUGUGGCAAUUGUAAUGGCUGAUCAGAUAUUCUGAGAACCUAAUUUAUGAAGGGGUGUCAAGUAUCUUUUUUGCAGAGAGUUAUGCAUCGUAUCAGGGAAUGAUCUGACUUCAAACCCCCAUCCUCCCUACCCAACCCCAUCCCAUCCUCCCUCGCUCCCACUCUGGACCCGAACCCCAUCCUCCUACCCUCCCACCCCAAAC